GAGAGGAAAGGUACUGUUAGAGCAUCCCCAUCAGCAUCCCUAUACCGUGGUUUUCCCUAAAAUUUGGAGAUAAAUUUUAGGGUUUUUCCAAAAAUGGCUCUCCAUCCCAAUCCCUAAAAUGCGAUUUGGGUUUCCGGUUUGUACAGUGAUACCCCAUAUUUGUGCAUCUACUGUUUGUCCUCAAAUUGUUUUUCUCUUUCUUGGUCCCGCGUUUCUCUUCUCCGGACAGUUGGGUGGCCGUGCGAAAUCACCUGCUCGACUCCUCCCUCGCAAUCAGACGAGGCUUGCACCGAAUAGAUGGAUUCACAAAACCCUGGUCACAUGUACUUCACCAACCUCCUAAGUGAAGAUCCUCAACUCGAGCCCACUUAUGGUGGGCAAUGUGGAACAUCUCCAUUGAUUCUUGAUGACUCUCCCCCUUUACCCCCUAACGAGCCUAUCGGCGUUAGGAAAUCAGUGAGGGGUGCGAAUUUCACCCCUGAGGAAGACAAGUUACUUGUCUCCGCAUGGCUAAAUUGUAGCCUCGAUGCCGUCCAGGGAACAGAUCAAAAACACUCCCAGCUUUGGGAAAAGAUUUUUGAGUACUUUCAACAAUUUAAAGAAACUACAAAUGAGCGGACAAUAAAAUCCUUAAUUCACUGGUGGUCGGUGAUCCAAAAGGCCACAAACAAAUUUUGUGCGAAACUAGCUCAAGUUGAAGGGUUAAAUCAAAGUGGCAUGACCGAGGCAGAUAAGUUUGAGAAGGCGAAGCUUAUGUACCAAUCACUCGAGAAAUGCUCAUUCCAGUUCGAGCAUUGUUGGCACCUGUUGAAGGAUCAACUUAAGUGGAUUUGGCGCGCCACAAAGGAGGAUCCAAAGCGGAGGAAGACGAUGUCCCCAUCCCCGACCCCAACUCGAUGUUCCGGAGCAACAGUUGAUUCAGUUUUUGAUCUCGAGGCGGAUCAUGUGAUGGAGAAUGAAGUUAUCGAGCCCGACCGACCAAUUGGAAGGAAAGCUGAGAAAGGAAAACGAAAGGCCCAAGGCCAGCAUGCAGAGGAGAACUUCCAACUCAGGAAGAUGAAGUAUACUCUGUUGGAGGAGUCACGCGCUCAGGAGAAAGAGUUUUUUCGUCUUAAAGCCGAGAAGAUGGCGUAUGACAAUGAGAUGGAGGACAAAAUUACGCCAAGAGGACGAACGGCUGCGGUUGGAGGCUGA